AACGCAUGUUGUAGCGCAUAGCCGCGACAAUGCGCAUAUUAUUUUAACGGGAACACUUGAGCAGAACGCUAUCUUACAUGUGCAGCUUUCGCAAUUUGUGUGACAGCUAGCGCCAGUUUUCCAACUAGUGUUUGUUCUGUUUCGUAACAUGCAGUCCUCGACGUUCGUAAGCAAGGAACUGUAGGCAAGUUAUUGGGUGUUCCAAUGCUUUAACACAUGUCUGGUGAUUUGUCGAUAAGCAAUAUAAUUUACGCUCGCUCCGAUUGCAAUUUAGAUACAGCGCGGAUAGCAGUUAUGCGGGAAUAUAUUUCUUAAACUUCUAAGUUUAUAAUGCUGUCCGAACGCGCUUUUGCGAAGGUCGUGUUAACUUUUGGCACAUUGUUGCGCAGUGUGGGUAUUUCAUAUAUCAGUUGAAAUUUUCUGUUGGAUUGGUGGCGCAGUUGCCGUUCCGUUCCCGUCGUGCAUUGCUGCAUAUGGUCGCCAUUUUUGUCUAGGAGUCGGCUAGGCGAAGGCAUCACGAGGGGCUCCUCACGUUAGAUGGUUGUCUAGAAUAUUUUGAGCCAGUGGCGAUCGAUACUGGUAUUUGAGAAUGGACGCUAAUUAUAGUACAAGGUAUAAACUUUGAAGUUAUCCGUCCGAGAUAGGAUCUGUGAAAAUAUCCACUCGGAGGUGAAAAAAAGAAAAACACUCCCUCUGUCGGGAGGUAAUCAUGGCCGACAAAAUCUGUGGUGAUGGCAUUGGGAACAGUACUGCGAGGUUGUACAGCAGCGACGUAGAUUUAAUCACACCAUCAACAAUGUAUGGCAGCAGUCCGGGCGAACCAAGGACGUUAGUGCAAACCACGGACCCUGCCGGACCCAAAAAGAAGCCUACGUCGUUUCAGAUCACCAGCGUCACUGUCCAAGGCUCCCGGCUGAGCAACGACGGUGGUGAUGAAAGCGCCGACGACCUGGACGAGAGCCACACGGAGGAUUUAAGUUCUGACAUCCUGGAUUGUUCUAAAACGACUGACGUCGAGAAUGACCAGCUCUCGCCGACCGCGGAGAACGCAACAACGAUUGCGACGGCAGUCGAGCCGCCGGCCGGUGCCCCCAACACCAGUGAACCUGUGGGUGUGUCGACCAGUUCUUUAACUAGUGUCACUAUUCCGCCCGCGGUAGUGACCACUGGAGGCUCUCUAACAAUAGUCACUAGUGCAAGUAACCCUAGCAGCAACACCGCCCAUGAAGUGCCCAUCAACCCAGACCAUUGGCAGCGCCGGUUCAAAGUAGUGAAGAUCGUCAGCUCCGAGCCGUUCGGACGAGGGCGGUGGUUAUGCAUGGAUUUUGUGGAUCCGCCUGCGAUGCAGGGAGACUCGAAGCUUUCCGAGGAAAACCGCGAAACACGACAUGACCUACCCCCCGCUGUAUCCAACGAGGCUGUGGCCCACGUGUACGAGAUCCCUAUGGGACAGACGUACCCGACAAACAACCAGCAGGGUCCCCUGUACGGAAUCAUCUUGCCAGUCAGUCCCAAGGCGCAGGGAGCACCUCUGAGCGUUUUGCAGCCCGUGCCCGAGCAAGCAAAGGGCCAGUUGUCAUCGGUGGCACAUCAUGCGGCGGACGGUGUGGGGAUGAGUGGUGUUGCACCGGUGAACGUCCCAGCGUCGGUUCCCCCACCGGUUGUAUGUUCCACUCCGGUUUCAGCGGCUGUGUCUGCUUCUGGUCCCGUCCCAGCGGUGACGGCCACUGGACAGCUGACGGUGCCGGCGUCAGAGCAUGCAAUGGAAGCUGUUCCAGAGAAUGCCAACAAGUCGGCAACUGAAGAGGACUCUGAAAGGUACACUGGCCCUUCUGGAUGUGACGGCAGGUUUCCUCUUAGAGGGCGUACCCACAAGUCGAAGGUUCAUGAUUUCUUCCUCACAUCAGCCGGUAGCACAGUGGCAAUUGAUAACAAGAUUGAGCAAGCUAUGGACCUGGUGAAGAGCCACUUGAUGUUUGCCGUACGCGAGGAGGUGGACGUGCUCAAGGAGAAGAUUACGGAACUACUGGACCGCAUCUCCCAGCUGGAAUACGAGAACGGGAUCCUGCGGGCCCACGCAACGCCCGAGACGCUCAGCAGACUCUCGCAGCCGCCCCAGCAGCCUCAGCAGCAGCUACCUCAACAGGCAGUGCAGCAGCAACAACAGCAGCCGACAUAGCCGAGACCCCCUACUGUACAUAGAGGACACUGUUAGAAGUGGAGGAGGAGCAGAGUGUGAGAGCGAUGCGCCCUAGGUGUAUAUAGAUGCAACUUUGAAAAUGAACCGGAGUGUGUGUGUGUGUGGCAGGAAAAUGGACGUGGCAGGAAAAUGGACGUGGCAUGCAUAAAAACUUUGGUGACCCCCCUACGUUCCCGUCAUCUAUCAAGUUCUGCUUCCCUCUCCCUUUUUUAAAAAAGAAAAAGAAACAAGCGUCGCCUGUUUGUCGUUCAGUCUCUUUUUUUUUCUUCUUCUUUUCCCCUUUGUCGACCACCUGCAGUGCUUCUUUUUUUCUUCUUCCAAAGGUACUAUUCUGGUCACACGUUGUCUUCAAUUGCAGUGUUUUCGAGUAUGCUCAAAAGAAAAGUGAAAUGGUGGGAUAAUAUAGAUGAUUGUUUUUUUCUGUUACAGUGCUGCUGUCUAGUUUCUUCACAUGUCUCAUGUUUUUAAGGUAUUAGUGAAGUUAAAAAGCGUGUUGUUCAGUCAGCAAUGCAGUGUCGGAUUUACGCUCUACAAGAGAAAGUGCUCGAGUGGACUCUCUUAUUAGAGGUGCAAUGGAGACAGCCAAGUGUUGUGGCCUCUGGGGAACUUCUUGAGUAAGUUCUCGUGGGACUCAUAGCCUUGCUCAAAGUGCCAGAAAAUAUGGAGUUCCUCAGAGAAACCUCAGAGGAGUUUUUCCUCGGUGCUUCCGCAGUGCUUUCGGGGGUUCCUUCUUGCACUUUUUGCUUGUUUUUUGAGCGUAGAGGUACAGUUUCUAGUCCUGCUCAGGCUAGCUGUUGCGCGUGGGAAGCGUUCUUUUGCGAAAAUCGGUUGCAAGUGUCGUGAACAGAGCUGCAGAUGUACGAGCGACUGAGAAAGCUGGACUCUCUCGGCUUUAACGAUAGUAGGAAUGUAUUUAGUCUGGUUGGCAGUUUUGUCUAUGUCAUCGUAUUUUUUGACGAGGAGGGAGCAGCGCGGAAGAAUCGCUCUCUUGGAGGGACUGUGCAUUACCCCCCCUUUGAUGCAAGAUGCAACCUGUAUUUUUGUAUGUAUGCAGGCAACUUCCACAUUACACUCAUUUGUCCUGAAGGA